AUGCAGAACGCUUCCCUUACAAGACAAAAGAACAUCUACACCCCUGCCAAAGGACCCAACACACAAACAGAGAAGGCAGCAGCAACGAGGAGCCUUAAGGACCUCGUUCAGGGGCACCCGGAGCUACGGAUGAUUGGGCAGGAGGACCUUUCACUCGAGAUUCAAUUAAAGUCCUCAACAAGCCCCCAGGAUCAACAGAGCCAGCGUGCGGGUGGACCCCCCGGUCCCUCACCACCACCCUUCCCACCCCAACCCCCGAUCCCCCAACACAACCCUCCCCACCCCCACACCCUCACACCCAAUCCGCACCCGCCACGACCUAGCCCGGAGCACACCUGUCCCGGCCACACCUGCGACCCCGUGACCUCCCCCGCACCUGCCUCUCACACCUCCGCCACGCCUCACUUCGCCAGGUAUCGCCCGGAACAUGAUAACGCCAGCACCAACACCUCGCGCCUUCCUCCCCUAACGACCCGAGCCCCGGCCCAUGACAGCCCGACACCGACCACGCCUCAGCCUGCCCAACACUCAGGGAGGAACACAUACAACACACAGCGGCAUCGACAGCAGCAGCAGGAGCAAAUAGACUUAAGUCACAUCGAACAGGCAUAA